GAGGGGCGGGGCCGGCAGCGGGGCGGAGCGGACGCCUCUAGGUGUUUUAAGAGCUUUAAAACUUCGCUAAGCGUUGACAGGUGAAGUCGUCACCGGGACGCCGUCUGGGCCAGUCACCUGGACGCCCCGAGGGGGCGGGGGGCGCAGACCGCCGAGUCAUGGAUUGCACAUUCGAAGACAUGCUUCAGCUCAUCAACAACCAAGACAGCGACUUCCCUGGCCUAUUUGAUCCACCCUAUGCAGGGGGCAGGGUAGGGGGCACAGACCCAGGCAGCCCUGGUGCCAGUUCCCCGGGCAGCUUGUCCCCACCUCCUGCCUCUCUGAGCUCCCCUCUAGAAGCCUUGCUAGGGGGACCUAAGGUGGCACCCCCACCCUUGAUCCCUCCCCAGUCUGCCACCCCAUUGAAGAUGUACCAAUCUGUGCCCCCCUUCUCCCCUGGGCCUGGUGUCAAAGAAGAGCCUGUGCCAUUAACCAUCCUGCAACCCUCUGCUCCACAGCCCCUGCCAGGGGCCCUCCUGUCCCAGAGCUUCCCAGCCCCAGCCCCAGCCCCAGCCCCAGCCCCAGCCCCUGCCCCUGCCUCUGCCCCUACCCCGCCACAGUUCAGUUCUACUCCCGUGUUGGGCUACUCUAGCCCUCCUGGAGGCUUUUCCACAGGGACCCCUUCUGGGAGUGCCCAGCAGACACUGCCUGGCCUGCCACUGGCUUCCUUGCCAGGGGUCCCGCCCGUCUCCUUGCACACCCAGAUCCAGAGUGUGGGUCCUCAGCAACUGCUGACAGCCACAGCAGCAGCUGGAACGACCACUGUGACCUCACAGAUCCAGCAGGUCCCGGUCCUGCUGCAGCCCCACUUCAUCAAGGCAGACUCACUGCUGCUGACAACCAUGAAGACAGAUGUAGGGGCUGUGAAGGCAGCGGGCAUCAGCACCCUGGCUCCUGGCACAGCUGUGCAGGCAGGACCCUUGCAGACCCUGGUGAGUGGUGGAACCAUCCUGGCCACAGUGCCGCUGGUCAUGGAUGCUGAUAAGCUGCCCAUCAACCGGCUGGCAGCUGGCAAGGCUGCGGGCUUAGCCCAGAGCCGAGGGGAGAAGCGCACAGCCCACAACGCCAUCGAGAAACGCUAUCGCUCCUCCAUCAAUGACAAGAUUGUGGAGCUCAAGGACCUGGUGGUGGGCACUGAGGCGAAGCUGAAUAAAUCUGCUGUCUUGCGCAAGGCCAUCGACUACAUCCGCUUCUUACAACACAGCAACCAGAAACUCAAGCAGGAGAAUCUGAAUCUUCGAACUGCUGCCCACAAAAGCAAGUCGCUGAAAGACCUGGUGUCCAGCUGUGGCAGUGGAGGAAGUGCAGAUGUGCCCACAGAGAGUGUGAAGCCUGAGGUGGUAGACACGCUGACCCCACCACCCUCAGAUGCUGGCUCGCCCUCCCAGAGUAGCCCCUUGUCCUUUGGCAGCAGGGGUAGUGGCAGUGGUGGCAGUGGCAGUGACUCCGAGCCUGACAGCCCAGUCUUCGAGGACAGCCAGAUAAAGCCCGAGCAGCUGCCAUCACCCCACAGCCGGGGCAUGCUGGACCGCUCCCGCCUGGCCCUGUGUGUGCUGGUUUUCCUCUGUCUGUCUUGCAACCCCUUGGCCUCCCUUCUAGGCAGCUCCUCCAAUGCCGCCGAUGUCCACCAUGGUCCUGGGCGCAGUGUGUUGGGGGCCGAGGGCACAGAUGGCCCCAGCUGGGUACCGUGGCUGCUGCCCCUCCUGGUCUGGCUAGCCAAUGGGCUUCUGGUGCUGGUCUCCUUGGCACUUCUCUUCAUCUAUGGGGAGCCAGUCACACGGCCUCACUCAGGCCCGGCUGUGCACUUCUGGAGACAUCGCAAGCAGGCUGAUCUGGACCUGGCCCGGGGGGACUUUGCGCAGGCUGCCCAGCAGUUGUGGCUUGCCCUACGGGCACUAGGCCGACCCCUGCCCACCUCCAACCUGGACCUGGCCUGCAGCCUGCUCUGGAACCUCAUUCGCCACCUGCUGCAGCGCCUCUGGGUGGGCCGCUGGCUGGCAGGCCAGGCUGGGCGCCUGCAGAGGGACUGUGCUCUGAGGGCAGAUGUGCGCGCCAGUGCCCGAGAUGCGGCCCUUGUCUACCAUAAGUUGCACCAGCUGCACGCCAUGGGGAAGUACACGGGUGGGCACCUCAUUGCCACUAACCUUGCACUGAGUGCCCUGAACCUGGCGGAGUGUGCAGGGGAUGCUGUGUCCAUGGCAACGCUGGCAGAGAUCUAUGUGGCUGCCGCCCUGAGGGUCAAGACCAGUCUCCCGAGGCCCUUGCACUUCCUAACACGCUUCUUCCUGAGUAGUGCCCGCCAGGCCUGCCUGGCGCAGAGUGGCUCAGUGCCUCUUGCCAUGCAGUGGCUCUGCCAUCCUGUGGGCCACCGUUUCUUCGUGGAUGGGGACUGGGCCGUGCGCAGUGUCCCGCGGGAGAGCCUGUACAGCUUGGCCGGGAACCCAGUGGACCCUCUUGCUCGGGUGACUCAGCUGUUCCGAGAGCAUCUUCUGGAGCGAGCACUGAACUGUGUGGCCCAGCCCAGACCAAGCCCCAGCCCUGUGGCAGCUGAUGGGGACAGGGAAUUCUCAGACGCCCUUGGGUACCUGCAGCUGCUGAACAGCUGUUCCGAUGCGGCUGGAGCUCCCGCCUGCAGCUUCUCCAUCAGCUCCAGCAUGGCCGCCACCACUGGCACGGACCCUGUGGCCAAGUGGUGGGCCUCACUGACAGCCGUGGUGAUCCACUGGCUACAGCGGGAUGAAGAGGCGGCCGAGCGACUAUACCCACUGGUGGAGCACCUGCCCCGAGCCCUGCAGGAGACUGAGAGACCCCUGCCUAGGGCUGCUCUGCACUCCUUCAAGGCUGCCCGGACCCUGCUGGGCCGAGGAAAGGCAGAGUCUGGUCCGGCCAGCUUGGCCAUCUGUGAAAAGGCCAGUGGGUACCUGCGAGACAGCCUGGCCACCACACCAACUGGCAGCUCUAUUGACAAGGCCAUGCAACUGCUCCUGUGUGAUCUGCUCCUUGUGGUACGCACUAGCCUGUGGCGGCAGCAGCAGCCACCAGCCUCAGCCCAGGUGGCCCAGGGUGCCGUCAGUGGGCCCCAGGCCUCUGCACUGGAGCUGCGUGGCUUCCAGCGGGACCUGAGCAGCCUGAGGCGUCUGGCACAGAGCUUUCGGCCUGCCAUGCGGAGGGUGUUCCUACAUGAGGCCACUGCUCGGCUGAUGGCAGGGGCCAGCCCAGCGAGGACACACCAACUCUUGGACCGUAGUCUGAGAAGGCGGGCAGGCCCUGGUGGCAAAGGCUCAGCUGCAGAGCUGGAGCCUAGGCCUACGUGGAGGGAGUACACUGAGGCGUUGCUGCUGGCUUCCUGCUACCUACCGCCUGGCUUCCUGUCGGUGCCUGGGCAGCGCGUGGGCAUGCUGGCCGAGGCGGCGCGAACGCUUGAGAAGCUCGGCGAUCACCGGCUGCUGCAUGACUGCCAGCAGAUGCUCCUGCGCCUGGGAGGUGGGACUACCGUCACGAACAGCUAGACUCCACGCGGCGGCCUAGUUCACAGUGUCCUGGGCUCUACCGUCACGAACAGCUAGACUCCACGCGGCGGCCUAGUUCACAGUGUCCUGGGCUCUACAGUUCACUCACAGCUGAACUCUCCUUGGAGGGUGGAAGGCCCCUGAGGGCCUUCUCUUGCGCUGAGAGAAUGGAGGGGCGCGAUUCCACCGCCAGCCAGCUCACCAACCUGACGAGCCGCAGCCAGGCUAGUACUGGCCUCUGGUGGUCAAUGGGGAAAAUGCAGGGGCCGAGCCGCCAGCCUGCGUGCUCCAGCUCUGCAGGCACCUUAACGGCUUCUGCUCCCUGCUCCCCCCAACCAACGCCCGCCAGGCCGCCUGUCUAGAGAGGAGAGGGGUACCUUUUGCGGAGCUGAGGGGGGCCCUGUCUUCUCUCCUUUCUGGGGAGACUUGUACAUAGUAUAGAUGUGGGUGAGCCAGCCUCCUGGCCUCAGAGGCUCAUUUGCCUUUUGCAAACUAUUUUCCUAGGUUGAUGAUAAGUUUUGUACAGAAUAAAGAAUGAGAUUAUUUAUAACCUGAGCUUUGUUCCUUUGGUAGUAGAGUGUGUGCUUCAGCUGGGGGACAUGCUCACCAGAGUCCUUUUUUCCCCAGCACCUAGGCAGGGUAUCCUGGCCCCACCUAGGGUCAAUCUGCCCCUUUCCAUGUUAGCAGACCUGUUCCACUCAUCUGGGCCACAUCAACCCUUCCAGCAUUGAUGGUCUCAGCUCCCUCUUACUUUCUACCAAGUCCCAGGGUGCCAUGGGAGGACAUUGUCCUCAGGGGCCUAUUGUGACAACCUAGGUCUCCCAGUAUGUCUGGAGUGUCUCACCUCCCCAAUCUCCUGUCCCCUGGUAUUGCCUCCUUGUACCACAGUCAGGACCUGAGGCCACAUGGGCAGGUGAGGACAUAGGAUAGGCAUCAGGAGUCUUCUGUUGAAACAGUAAGGCAGAAAAACCACUGUGCCCCCCCCUUCUCAUCCCCCAGCUAAAGCCUGGUCCCA